AUGAAUGCUGACCUAGAAAAACAAGGUAGCAAUGGUAUCCUUGCUAGGAACUCUAGCGAGAACUACGUUCCUAAGGAGACAUCGCCUCGUCCAAUUCAUGGGUGGAAGUGGGCCAUUGCAUACGCCUCCAUGAUCUCGACAACAUUUCUCUUCGCGUUGGACAACACCAUCGUCGCCGACAUCCAACCCGUGGUUCUCGACCUAUUCGGCGAAGUAUCCCUCCUCCCAUGGAUCGGAGUCGGCUUUGCUCUCGGCACCAUGUGUGUUUUACCAUGGGGCAAGGUCUACGGAGUGUGCAACAUCAAAUAUGUCUAUCUGUUUAAUAUCGCACUGUUUGAAAUUGGAAGCGCUGUGUGUGGCGCAGCACCGAAUAUGACUGCCCUCGUGGUUGGUCGUGUCAUCGCCGGCGUGGGAGGAUCGGGAAUGUACUCAGGGACGUUGAGUUUUGUGGCGGUAUUGACUUCGCUCAAAGAGAGACCUAUUUAUAUGGCUGGCAGCACUGUUAUCUGGGGAAUCGGAAGUGUUCUAGGUCCGGUGGUCGGGGGUGCUUUUGCAGAUAGUUCUGCUACCUGGCGAUGGGCGUUUUACAUAAACCUCCCGAUUGGAGCCGUCUUUGCCCCCGCCUACCUCUUCCUUGUCCCAAGCGUGGACCCCCAGCCGCUCAAAAGCUGGACAGAAAAGUGCUGUAUGAUAGACUGGGUGAUGACGACUACUUUCCUUGCAGGAGCUGCCUGUCUGGUGAUGGCGAUCACGUUCGGUGGCAUCUUGUAUCCCUGGAGCUCUGGGAGUGAAAUUGCCCUCUGGGUUGUAGCGGGGGUGCUCCUACUUGUUUGUAUUGCUGUGGCAAAGUUCCAUCCAGGCGUGGACAAGGACAACCGACUCUAUCCAGCCCAUUUCCUCCAACAGCCUAUCCUGGUAAAUCUGCAAGUGCAGAUGUUUUUGGUGUCGGGUGUUGUGCUGGCAAUGACUUACUAUAUUCCGUUGUUCUUCCAGUUCUCACGGGGAGACGGUCCCUUGGAUGCAGGAGUUCGCCUGCUUCCCUUCAUCAUCUCCAUGGUUGUCUUCGCCAUAGCCAAUGGGGCUUUGAUGCCGAAGCUGCCUUACAUCCUGCCAUGGCAUAUCUUUGGCAGUGCCCUCGUUGUUACUGGAACAGCAUUGAUGUACGCUGCAGACAUUCACACGUCCAACGCUAGGAUCUAUGGCUACUCCAUUCUUGUCGGCUCCGGAGCAGGCUGCUAUGUCGUUUCCGGGUUCCCCGUUGUACAAUCUCUGGUUGCACCAAAAGAUAUCCCGAAUGCCGUGGGCGCAAUGGCUAUUUCCCAAGACCUCGGCAUGGUAAUCUUCCUCGCAAUGUGUGGAUCAAUUUAUCAGAAUAUUGCAUUGCAAAAAGUGUCACGGGCGAUUCCCAAGCUGAGUGCAGCCGAUGUUUCCAACCUUGUUGCUGGUACCAGUAGCCGAGCAUAUAAGGCGCUGUCAGAGUCGGAGCGAGUGUUGGUGGCGCCACAAAUCACAGAUGCGCUGAGCAAUGUGUGGUUGUUCUUUUUGGUGACCGGGAUAUUGAGUUUCGUUCUUACGUUGCCUUUGGGGAAAACGAGGAUGAAGGGAGCAGAUUCUGGGGAUGAAAAGGCUUGA